ACUGCGUUGGGCACUGCGUUGGGCACGUGGGUGCGGGGUGCAGGGCGUGCGGGGCCAGAGCACGCUCGAAGGGCCGCGAGAUUUGAGCGGGUGCGCGAGACCCGAGGGGGCUCAAGGAGGCGCGAGAUACGUGGGAGCGCUCAAAACCCAAAGGGUCAUGAGGGAUUUAAGGGGUCGCGAGAUUUGAGGGGACGCGCGAGACUCGAGAGGUUGAAAGAGUAGUAGGGGCGCAGGAGACCCGAGGGGUGCGAGAUUUGCGGGGGCGCGCGAGACUCGAGGGUGCGAGAUUUGAGGGGGCGCGCGAGAUCCUAGAGUGACUAGAGGGUCGCGAGACCUCCCCGACGGUCGAGACUUGGGUGUGCAAGGUUGCAUAUGUGAGUGCAUGGAGUCACAGUUUGUGUAGCUUCCUCCAUCCUCCCAGGAAGUUUCCCAGGUUGGCGCUGUACGUGUAUGAGUACCUGCUGCACGUUGGUGCCCAGAAGUCAGCCCAGACCUUCCUGUCUGAGAUCCGAUGGGAGAAGAACAUUACGCUGGGGGAGCCCCCAGGCUUCCUGCAUUCCUGGUGGUGCGUGUUCUGGGACUUAUACUGUGCAGCGCCCGACCGCAGAGAGGCAUGCGAGCACUCGAGUGAAGCCAAGGCCUUCCAGGACUAUAGCACUACAGCAGCCCCCAGCCCGGUGAUGGGGGGCAUGGCCGCCAGUGAUGCAAUGGCAUCGGGCCCCAUGGCACCCGGCUUCUUCCAGGGACCCCCAGGCUCCCAGCCUCCCCCCCACAACCCCAACGCCCCCAUGAUGGGGCCUCAUGUGCAGCCCUUCAUGUCACCGCGGUUCCCAGGGGGCCCCCGGCCCACCCUGCGGAUGCCGAGUCAGCCUCCCGUGGGCCUCCCCGGCUCCCAGCCCCUCCUCCCUGGCGCCAUGGACCCCUCCCCGCGUGCUCAGGGGCAUUCGAGCAUGGGCCCGAUGCAGAGGGUGACACCUCCUCGAGGCAUGACCAGCGUGGGGCCCCAGAGCUACGGAGGUGGCAUGCGGCCCCCACCUAACUCUCUUGCUGGCCCGGGUUUGCCCACCAUGAACAUGGGACCUGGAGUGCGCGGCCCAUGGGCCAGCCCCAGCAGCAACUCGAUCCCCUACUCCUCCUCCUCUCCUGGCAGCUACACGGGACCCCCAGGAGGAGGUGGGCCCCCUGGAACACCCAUCAUGCCAAGUCCUGGAGACUCCACCAACUCCAGUGAGAACAUGUACACCAUCAUGAACCCCAUCGGGCCGGCCGCUGGCAGGGCUAAUUUCCCGCUUGGCCCUGGUCCGGAGGGCCCCAUGGCCGCCAUGAGUGCGAUGGAGCCCCACCACGUCAACGGAUCCCUGGGCUCGGGCGAUCUGGACGGGUUGCCGAAGAGCUCCCCCGGCGCUGUGGCCGGCCUGAGCAACACCCCGGGCACCCCGCGGGACGACGGUGAGAUGGCGGCCGCCGGGACCUUCCUGCACCCGUUCCCGAGCGAAAGCGUAAGCGACUGCGUCGACUCCCCCCCGCGGCGGCGUCGGGCCGGAGGGGCCUGGCGGGCAGACCCCGGCGGGGCGGCCGGGGGGCCAGAGCAAGACCGUGACCGCGGCGGGCCAGGUGGGGGGCGGCCGCGGCAUCCUUCCCUUCCCUUCCCUCCCCUCCCCCCUCCCCUUCCCCACUCCCCAGGCCUGCCCUAUCUCACCGCCCCGCCCCGCCCCCUCCCACCCCCUCCCACCCCCACCCUGGGAGCCCAAGGCGACCCGCCCUUGCAUCGCCCUCUGACCUCUUCCUCCCCACGUUUACACCGCCCUGUUCCCCAUUCCCCCCGGGGGGUGGGGGCGGGUCCCAGCCUAGGCCGGAACUGAGCCGGCCCCGCGCGCCAUCCCCUCGUCUUUCCGCAGUACUCCCCCGGGAUGACCAUGAGCGUGUGAUGGGGCCGCAGCCCCUUGCCCACUGCCGGCCUCGGCUUCUGCCCGGCGCCCCUCCCUGGGGCCAAGGUCCAGGGGCUCGGGUGGUCUGCAGGGUGAGGGUCUGAGGUCACACC